ACAUUAGUCAUUACUACUAUUUGUGGUGUCUUGAGAGAUAAAAAAAACGAAAUGGAGAGUACUCGGGCUUUGGCAAGGAACGCGGCAACCAGGAAAGACAGUGGCUACAGACAGCGGCAAGGAUACAGGAACAGGUAUGCAGAUUACAGUUCACAGUUUUUUGGAUGGGCAUCGACUUUCUUCUUUUAUAACUUCCCAGAGGAAUUAGAUGCAAAAUUUCUAUGGAAUAGCUUUCAGAUGUAUGGCAAAGUCGUUGAUGUGUAUAUUCCAAGUAAACGUGAUAAGAGAGGGAAGAGGUAUGGUUUUGUGCGACUAUCAGGGGUCAAGAAUGAGAUUCAAAUGGAGAGGAGACUAAAUGAGAUAUGGAUUGGCCCGUAUAAGAUGAGAGUGAAGAUUGCAAAUGAGAGACAAAGGAAAUCAUCAUUGUCCAGGAAGGUGCAAGGUGUUUUUAAAGUCAGUGGAUCAACAAGCAUCAUGAAUAGGUUGGUUCAACCAGGGCAGUCAUAUGCUCAAGCAGUGAAGGGCCAAGGAAAGAGAGAGGAUAAGGCUCCAGAACAAUCACAGGAAAAGGAAAGAAAAGAAGCCCCGAAAAUGGAAGUUGGUGGCAUGGUGGCAGUGGUGAGGUCAAUGGCGUUGGUUUCUGAGAUUCAAGAGCAAUUGGAUGCAGAUGGAGGCUCAAUCUCGUUAUCACCAAUUGGGGGAAGACGGAUGCUAUUAACUGAGAAAGUUACAGGGUCCUUAUCUGAUUAUAUGAAGCAUAAUGAGGAGUUGUUUGGCAUGUGGUUUGAGUCGAUAACUCCAUGGGAGAAGGCUCCAAAGGAGAAAAGUCGAAUGAUGUGGGUGCGCAUAUCGAGUGUACCAUUAAAAGCAUGGGGAGAGAGGUGUUUUCAGAUGAUCGGUGAGACAAUCGGAGAAGUUCUGUUGGUGCACGAGGACACAAAGAAGAAAGCAAUAUUAUGGGAUGGAAGAGUUCUGAUCCUCUGUUUGAAGUCUAGUAAAAUCUCUAAUCAAGUCAAGCUGAAAGUGGGUGAGCAGAACGAGGAUCCGAAUUUGGAUAUGGAUGUGAUUGGCGACGGUGAGGAUGUAAGAAACAGUUCAGAGCAUUUAAUGAAGGAUUUGGUGUCAAAUUCAAAUCUGAAAGUUGCAACGGAAACAGAGAGUGGUAUUCAAAUAGUGCAAGAAACAGAACUGGAAGGAGAUGCAAGCUUUGGGCUGUCCAAGGAGAGUGGGCCACAAAGAGUGAUUUUUGUUGGACCAAUAGAAGGUAGCGGGCCGACCAUCAAGUUGGGCUGGGGACGGACAAAAGAAAUCAACUUGGAGGAACCCUUUUUAGAUGCACAAAUAGAGGUGGACCCAUCGGUAAUGCAGAAAUCGGCAAACACAAAAAAGGGGAGCAAAAAACAGAGACUUCUUCAAGAUUGUUACCCAGAGAGCAUGGAGGAGAUCUGGGCAAAAGGAGCACCGUGGGGGGUUGGGUGGGUCGUUGAAAAAAAGGAAGUGAGAAGGUUGGUUCAAGGAGAGAAGCCAGAUUUUCUAUUCCUGCAGGAAACAAAGUUAGAAAAAGUGGAUGUAGGUAUCUGUAGACAGUUAUGGAAUUCAUAUGAGGUUGAUUGGGUUGCAAAGGGCUCUUCCGGAGCUUCAGGUGGUUUACUAUGUAUGUGGGAUAGUCGGCGGUUUGUUAGGAGGCAAGAUUUUUCUGGUGAUGGGUUCGUGGGACUGGUAGGGGAAUGGGGAGCUAAUAAAAGGCAGUAUUCUUUAAUUAACGUCUAUGGUCCAAAUGAUAGACAGAAGAAGGCUAGUUUGUGGGAGGAACUGAGGAAAAUGGUGACAGACAAGGAAGGGUGUUGGUUGAUAGUAGGGGACUUUAAUGCAGUCAGAGGGCCUGAGGAGAGACGAGGUAGAACAGGAGAGAGCCCAGACAUGAAGGAUUUUGAUGAGUUUAUCGUGACAACUGAUUUGGUGGAUGUCAAAUUGUCGAAUAAAAGUUAUACAUGGUACAAGCCAGAUGGCACAACAAGGAGUAGAUUGGACAGAUUCCUAUUGAGUACGGAGAUGAGUAAUAUGGAAGGAGAGUGGAUACAACAAGGAUUGCCAAGGAAUAUCUCUGAUCAUUGUGCUAUUGUGUUGAAGUCCAGAACAACAGAUUGGGGACCAAGACCGUUUCGGGUUUUGGAUGCAUGGCAACAACACCCUGAUUUUAAGAAGUUUGUAGAAGAUAAAUGGAGGGAGAUGGAGGUGGAGGGUUAUGCAGGGUAUAAGUGCCAACAAAAACUGAAAUUGCUAAAAGAGGCUGAGAUUGUGAAAAGACAAGAAGGUUUUUCCGAGAUGUGGGAUGUUUUGAGAAAGAAGGAACUUAUCUGGAAGCAGAAGUCAAGGAGUAAAUGGGUGCAUGAGGGAGAUGCAAAUACCCGUUUUUUUCAUAGAGUUGCAAAAGGAAAAAGAGCACAAAACAGCAUUGCAGGAUUAAUGUGUGAUGGAGCAUGGAUUGAUGAUCCAGAUUUAGUAAAAAAUGAGAUAGUCAGAUAUUUUAGAAGCUUGUUUCAAGGAGAGUCAUGGAAUAGACCCAAGCCUGGGGAUAUUAAAUUCCAGCAGUUACCCGAGGAGAAAAAAGAUUGGCUGGAAAGACCAUUUUCAGUUGAAGAGAUAGAGGAAGGCUUAAGGAGUUGUGAAGGUUCAAAGGCACCAGGACCUGACGGUUACAACUUUAACUUCCUUAAAUAUGCGUGGCACUGCAUAAAGGAGGACUUCAUCAACUUUUUUUCUGAAUUUCACCGUAAUGCGAAGGUGUUGGCUAAUAGAUUGAAGUUUGUGAUAUCAGAAAUAGUAAGUGAAACGCAAUCUGCUUUUGUGGGGGGCUGUCAGUUGGUGAAUAGUGUCUUGGUGCUGAAUGAAGUUGUGGAUGAAUUUAAGAAGACGAAACAGCCAGCUUUCGUUUUUAAAGCAGACUUCGAAAAAGCAUAUGAUUGCGUAGAUUGGUCCUUUUUGGAUUGGAUGAUGGAGAGGUUUGGAUUUGGAAUUAAGUGGAGAGGCUGGAUUAUGGAAUGCCUUUCAACGGCGAGAAUCUCGGUUCUAGUAAACAGAAGCCCGACAAAGGAAUAUGAGGUGGGUAAAGGAUUGAGACAAGGUGAUCCUCUAUCUCCUUUUCUCUUCUUGAUGAUUGUAGAAGGGUUACAAGGUCUGGUACAGAGAGUAAUAAUGGAGGGAAUGUUGCAUGGGAUUGAGAUUGGGAAGAAUGGUCUGUCCGUGUCAUUGCUCCAGUUUGCUGAUGAUACAGUUAUUAUGGGUAGAGCGAAUGUUGAGAAUAUACGGACGGUGAAGGACAUUCUAAAAUGGUUUGAGCUUAUGUCGGGAUUGAGGAUUAAUUUCAGCAAGAGUAGUAUUUUUGGUUAUAAUGUGAUGGAGAAAUGGCUAAAAGGAUCAGCGGGUAUGUUACACUGCAGGGUUGGACGAGCACAUUUUCUUUAUCUGGGAUUGCCCGUUGACGGAAAAUCUGGGAACAAGAAAUCAUGGGAGCUGGUUGUAAAUAAAUUCCGUACCAAACUCGCUGUCUGGAAGGCCACUACUCUUUCUUUUGGAGGCCGCCUCAUCUUGCUAAACUCGGUACUCUCUGCACUCCCUAUUUUUUAUAUGCCUUUAUUUUUAUUACCUAAUUCUGUGCUUGAGGAGUUGAUUAGAAUUCAAAGAAGUUUCUUAUGGGGCAGAUCAGAAUUAAAUAAGAAAAUUUCUUGGGUUAAAUGGGAAUAUGUUUGUCGAGCUAAGGCGAAGGGGGGUCUUGGGGUGCCUGAUUUAUGGAAAAAAAAUUGGGCAAUGUUAGGAAAAUGGUGGUAUAGGUUAGGUGACGGGGUCGAGAGCUUAUGGAAAAGGGUGGUGAGGGAGAAAUAUUAUGGUGGUAGGAGGGAGGUUGAUAUUACUUCGGUUGAGUGUUUCAAGGUGUCAAAAAUUUGGAGGGACAUUAUUAGGAUAGGGGGCCUUUCUCUCAACCUUAGGAAUAUGUUGGUUGAGGGUUUCAAGUGGGAAGUGGGUGAUGGAAAUAGAGUGGUUUUUUGGUCUGAUAGGUGGAUUGGUGUUAAAAGUCUUAGGGAUUUAUUUCCAAGGUUAUUUGCACUAUCUGUAAAGAAGGAAGGAAAGGUUUCUGAGAUGGGGUCUUGGGAAGAGGGUAGAUGGCAUUGGCGGGUGGAGUGGAGGAGGGGUACAUUAGGGCGAGAGAAAGAUGAGGAGGAGCUGUUGGAGAAGUUGCUGGAGAAUGUCAAACUAAAGGAGGGGGCAGGGGAUGUUUGGAAGUGGGUUCAUGUGUUGGAUGGCAAAUAUGGGGUGAAGCUAGCGUAUGAUUUUUUAGCUCCUAUGAAGAGUGUUUUGGAGGACCAGCUAUGCAAAUUAACAGGGUGCAGAUUGGUGCCAUCCAAAGUGGCUUUUUUUGGGUGGCGAUUGUGCUUAGAUAGACUCCCAACAAAAGAAAACUUGCAAAAACGUGGGAUACUGCUUCAGGAGGGUGAACUUUGCGAAUUUUGUAAUGGGAAGAAGGAGGAAGUUAACCAUUUAUUCUGUUUAUGUUAUAAUGCAUGGUUAACUUGGACUCAGGUGUUGAGGUGGUGGGGGUUGGAGUUUGUUUUGCCUAACACAGUAAGGGUAGUGGCAGAGUUUUUCAUUGGUAGUUUGGGAAGCAUUGUUGGAAAGGAGAUGGGCUCAUCUGCUGCUCUAACUUCUCUCAAGGAUGUGUGCAAGAACUUACCCCCCAAUUGGUUGAGAUCAGAUCCUUGUGGUGAUGGCUGGGUAGGAAUUGGGUGCACCAAUUCACGAGUCACCACGAUAACAUUGGCAAACAUGGGCUUGGAAGGGCAAGUGUUUAGUGACAUUCCAUCCUUAACUGAAUUACAGACUUUGUUAUUUGACAGCAACAACCUCAACGGUCCUAUCCCUUCAACCCUUGGGCUUGUGAAAUCUUUACAGGUGAUACGUUUUGAUAACAAUUCCUUAAGUGGGAGUGUUCCGUCAAACCUCAACAAUCUCACAAGUCUUCAAGAGUUGUAUUUGUCUAACAAUAACCUGGAUGGUUCUUUACCCUCCCUUACUGGCAUGAUCAAUCUCAACAGCUUAGACUUGAGUUAUAAUGGAUUCAGUCCCUCUGUGAUUCCUACAUGGGUUUCAUCUUUGCCAUCCUUAACAACACUAAGGAUGGAAAACACUCAACUUCAAGGUGAAGUUCCUGUCAAACUCUUCAGCCUUCCACAUUUGCAGACUGUGGGGCUAAAACGCAACCAGCUAAAUGGCACCUUGGUUAUAGGCAUGGGAUUUAGUAACCAGCUGAGCCUUAUAGAUUUGCAGAAUAAUUUUAUUAGUGGGUUCAAGGGAACAGAAGGAUAUGACAUUCGGAUAAUACUUGCUGAUAACCCUGUUUGUGAAGAGACUGAAGAAACAGGAGCAACAAAAACUUACUGUGCAGUUCCACAAUCAAAUUCCACUUCCUUGUAUACUACCCCUCCCAACAGUUGCCUGCCUACUACAUGCAAUUCAGAACACAUUUCUAGCCCCACAUGCAGAUGUGCAGAUCCAUAUACAGGAAUUCUAUUUUUCAGAGGAAUUUUAUUCUCAGACUUGGGGAACUCAACCAUAUAUGUGGUUCUAGAGACAUCUCUGAAGCAGUUCUUCCGGUCCAACAAUCUUCCUGUUGAUUCAGUAUCACUAAGGGUUUCUACAAUUGCAUUUACAUUUAGCAACCAGUCUUACAAGCCACCAUCUAGUCUUUAUGGACCUUAUUUUUUUCACGGUGAUGCUUACAACCACUUUUCAGGCCCUAAAAGCUCCAAAAAAUCAACUAUUGGCAUCAUUAUUGGAGCAGCUGUUGGUGGCUUUGUGCUUCUGCUACUUUCACUGCCUGCUUGGGUUUAUGCUUUUCGUCAAAAGAAGAAGGCAGAAAGAGCGAGCCUAGAGAGCAACCCUUUUGCACACUGGGAUGUUAAGAAAAGCAGCGGAAGCAUUCCUCAGUUAAAGGGUGCAAGAUGUUUCUCUUUUGAGGAGCUUAAGAAAUAUACAAAUAACUUUUCAAAAGCCAAUGCUAUUGGAUUUGGGGGUUAUGGAAAGACCGCCUUCACUACAAAGAACCUUUUCAGUGAAAAAAACAGUCAUAGGGAACUCCCAGAGACUGCAGAGGAGGCUAAACACCGAGCUGAGGUUAUUAGGCUGAGGGAGCUUACACUUAAGGGCCAUGUUGAAUCAGUUGUUAAGCUGAAGGGACUUGACAUUGAUGCGGCAGCCUUUGAUGCAUCCACAAUGGAGAAUUUUCUGCAAGAGUGGGACAAGGAGAAGCCAGGGAGAUACACUGCUCAGCAGUUGGAUGACUUUACAAGCAAUUACUCAAAAAGGCUGGGGUCUGGAGCAUAUGGGGAUGUUUAUGAAGGGCAGUUUCCAAAUGGAGUCAAGAUUGCAGUGAAGUUGCUCAAGGAAAAGUAUGAGGGAGCAACAAAAAAACAGUUCAUGGCAGAGGUAGGCACAAUUGGAAGAACAAACCAUAUUAACUUGGUUAGACUUUAUGGUUUUUGCUAUGAUAGAAAUAUAAGUGCGCUUGUAUAUGAAUUCAUGGAAAAUGGAUCGCUUGAUAAUUAUUUGUUUGCAAAGGAGGAGAUGAUUGAGUGGGAAAAAUUACAUGUAAUAGCGGUGGGGAUAGCUAAAGGAAUUGCUUAUUUGCAUGAAGACUGUCAACAGAGAAUUAUUCACUAUGAUAUAAAGCCAGCCAAUAUUCUACUUGAUGCAAACUUCCUCCCUAAAGUUGCAGAUUUUGGGCUUGCAAAGCUCUGCAACAGGGACAGUACUCAUGAUUCAGUUACUGGAUUCAAGGGAACCCUUGUUGGGAAGAGGAAAAACAAGGUUAGCAGCUCCUCUGAAAGCCUUGAUUGGUUUCCGAAGGUUGUGUUGGAUAAGUACCAGAAGGGUGAAUUGGUUGAGCUAAUAAAAAGUUAUGGGAUUAAAAAUAAGGAUAUGGAAAAGGCAGAGAGAAUGUCAGUAGUGGCACUGUGGUGUGUUCAAGACUUGCCAGGAGCUAGGCCACCAAUGAGUGCCGUAGUGAAGAUGUUGGAAGGAGGAGUGGAGAUCAUGCCACCUCCUAAACCCACUCAUUUACUGUUCUCAUCGUUGGGGACAAGUGCAGUCAAGCCACCAAAUGUUGACACUGGUUCAAGUUCCUUCUCGAGUGAAGAAUCCACUUCUUAUUGGUAUAAAGAGACCACUUCAAUCAUGGCCAAGUAUGAAAUACAAGUGGCCAGUAGUUAACAAGACUAAAAUGUUGUUUCAUACUUUGGUUGGCAUAUCCACCCCUGAACUUGCAA